UUGUCAUUCUUGUUUUGUCAGUCAAUAAGCAUUGAAAAUAAAGGAAAAAUUAAAAAAUUGUAAUGUUCUUAUAACUUAUUUGUGUAUAAUGCCAAAAAAUGAAUUAAAAAAUACCAUUAAUUUUGUAACACAAAACGAAUGCUCGUAAACUUUAAGCUGCAAUUGAUAACCUCUAAACACAUGUACGGUAAACGAGUGUUAUUGCAAUCAGUAGUUAGAUUUAAUAAUUACACAGUUCGUCAUUAUCAAAAGAAAAAGACUCAAAGGCUGUUGGAAUUUUUAGCCGACAUGCCUAAACCGAAUACGUCAAGAAUUAUGGACGCACAGCGUCAGAGGCAGCAGAUAUCCAAAAAGGCACAAAACUACGUUCCCAGUACAAUAUAUCUACAGGUUGUGGGUUCUGGUGCUCGAGGAGUUCCCAACACACUAUAUCUCUUUACGGACCAAAAGCGAUAUCUUUUUAAUUGUGGAGAAUCAACACAACGGUUAGCACAUGAACACAAAGUAAAGCUGACAAGGUUAGACCAUAUUUUUAUCACAAACAAGACAUGGAAGAACAUAGGUGGACUACCUGGCCUCUCACUAACUCUUCAAGAUGUUGGUGUACCUAAUAUCACUUUACAUGGACCUCAAGGUUUGGAUGAACUUUACAAAGCCACAAAGAGGUUUGUAAUAAUGAAAGACAUGAAUGUAACAUUAGCUCCAUGCAGUCCUUCUGAAGAUUUUACUGAUAAUGUCAUGACUGUUAAAUAUGUUUUAUUACGGCCGGAAAACAUUCUCAAACCAGAUAUGAAUCCACCAAAGAAACCCAAACUCAGCAGUGAUACGACAAGUGCGGCGUUUGAGGAGUUCAUACAUGACGAGACUGAUUACUACAAUCCUGAUGUACGGAAUAUGGAGGAGAAGAAAAACAGUAAACAAAGAAAUAAAUCACCAGAAAAAGUUUCAGAAUCAGUACGGAAAAAGGCUGAGAGAGCACUUCACGAAUUGGAAGGGAAAUCACAGUGUACAGUGGCUUAUAUUUGUACUUUAAAGAAAAGGCUCGGCACAUUAGAUUUGGCAAAGUGCGUCGAGAAAGGGGUUAAACCGGGACCAUUGUUAGGGCAACUUAAAAAUGGCCAUGAUGUGAUACUUCCCGAUGGCAGUCAUGUUAAAUCUAAAGACGUGAAGACACCAGACGAUCCGGGACCUGUAUUUAUUGUGCUAGAAGUGCCCGAUAUAUCUUACCUUACAGUGGACGAUUUCUCUUCGCAUUUUGACAAUGGACUUAAUUCAAUGGAGAACAUACCAGCGCUUGUCGUUCAUUUCACACCGCCUCAUGUCUUCAGACAUCCAAUUUACCGGAUGUUCGUGUCGAAGUUCGGCAGCAGCACGCAGCACCUGGUGCUGAACGAGGAGAACUCCUGCCUGGGGUCGGAGGCGGUGCACCGCACGCAGCACCGCCUGCACGUGCUGGACGCGGACGUGUUCCCGCUGCUGCGGGACGCCACCAUCCCCGCCGUCUGGAACUCGCACCCGCCCACUGACGGCGUGCUCGGCAAGGCUAAUUGUAUGGAGGAACUCAAGAAUAGAAUCGCUUUCGCCCAGUUUCAAAACAUAAUAAGAAUGGAAGAAAUGAGUAAAGAUAAUAUAACUGAAUGCACGGAGGCCAAGUAUGACUUCAUCACGGGAAGAACCCUCACUAUAUUUCACUUGAGGCCGAAAAAAUGUCUCGAUAGAUCAGCGGAACCAAAACUUCAUGUCCAAGAUUACAUAAAAGAGACGAUGGAAGUGGAAGGUUUCUCUAAAAGUCUAGAACAAUACCGAGAGAUUGUCAGCAAGAUGGGAUCUAAGAAGGAUAUGUACAAAGCUGAAUAUCCUAAAGUGAUAUUCCUCGGCACCGGCUCUUGCAUCCCCAGCAAGACGAGGAACACCAGCGCUAUAGUCAUACAAAUAGAUGAAAACAGGUCAAUGUUGUUGGACUGCGGCGAGGGCACGUUCGGCCAGCUGGUGCGCUUCUUCGGCCCCAAGCGAGUCAACAACUUCCUCAGGACUCUCAGAGCCGUCUACAUAUCGCAUUUACACGCAGACCAUCAUAUGGGUCUGAUAGGCGUGGUGCAGGCGCGGCGCGAGGCGUUCUCGGAGCAGAGCCGGCUGCCGUACGAGCCGGUGCAGCUGCUCGCGCCCGGACAGAUCGUCACCUGGCUGCUGCUCUACGACCAGCAGUUCGAGAACAUAAGGGAUGAUUAUGCGUUAAUCACCAAUCAGAGCUUGCUAGAGGCGAAGUCCAACUCGCUAGGUACGGAGAUGACGCCGGCGGCGCUGUCUCGCAUCGGGGUGCAGCACAUCCGCACCUGCCUGGUGUCGCACUGCCCCAACGCCUUCGGGGUCGCCAUUGACGUUGAUGGACACCACAAGAUCACCUACUCCGGUGAUACUAUCCCCUGCAAGGAACUCAUCACCAUUGGACAAAACUCAACUCUGCUGAUCCACGAAGCGACAAUGGAGGAUGAAUUGGCUGAGGAGGCUCGCACUAAGAUGCACUCGACUACCUCGCAGGCGAUACAGAUGGGUCGGCAGAUGUGUGCAAAGUACACUGUGCUUACCCACUUCUCGCAGCGGUACGCGCGCCUGCCGCGGCUCAGCGCGCACAUACUGCAUGACAACGCCAGUGUUGGCGUCGCCUUUGACAACAUGCAGAUAAGGAUGAAGGAUCUAGAAUUGCUGCCGUACAUGUACGCGCCGCUGCAGCUAAUGUUCGCGGAGCACUGCGUGGAGCUGGAGGUGAAGGCGGCUCACCGCGCGCGCCGCCGCGACCGCGCCACCGGCAGCCCGCCACCUGCCGUUCGUAUAAGCGUUACUUCAAUGAAGGGUUACGGUGGUAAAGAACGUCAGCAAACUUGUCCUGGCCCCGGACGAAUGCAAAGGACAAAUGAGAAAGGCAAAGGGCAACCUUCGAUUUAUCGGAAUACUGAUACUCCGAGAGCAUCGGACAGAUUCAGUCGGAUAUCCAAUUUGGCAAAAUUUGGCACACCAGUGCGUGAACACAGCGGGUCGUCGACAAGGAGCGUGGAACAUCGCAGACCGUACAGACCAGCGUCUGCUGAGUCUAGUCGAGGCGCUCUUACUCGCGAUAGGAGUGCAUCGUCGAGCAAAAGUACAGGAUCACGUGGACGUAAUCAGACCACUUUCCCUGCUACUUGCGCUGUAAAUAAAAGUAAGACAUUCGUCAUAUAGGCUUGUAUUUGUUCC